AUGGGAAGAGGAAAGGUGGAGCUGAAGAGGAUCGAGAACAAGAUAAAUAGACAAGUGACCUUUGCUAAGAGAAGGAAUGGACUCCUCAAGAAGGCUUAUGAGCUCUCUGUUCUCUGUGAUGCCGAGGUUGCCCUCAUCAUCUUCUCCAACCGUGGCAAGCUCUAUGAGUUCUGCAGCACCUCUAGUGGCAUGGCCAAGACACUGGAGAGGUAUCAAAGAUGCAGUUAUGGUGCCCUGGAAGCAAACCAACCUGACAUGGAUACACAGGGCAUGUAUCAGCAAUAUUUGAGGCUCAAAGGAAGAGUAGAGGUCUUACAACAAUCUCAGAGACAUUUCCUUGGGGAAGAUUUGGGACCGUUGAACACAAAGGAGCUCGAGCAACUUGAGGGUCAACUGGAAAAAUCCCUGAAGCAAAUUAGGUCCACAAAGACACAAUAUAUGCUUGAUCAACUUUCUGAUCUUGAAAAGAAGGAACAAGCACUACUGGAGGUUAACAUAGCCCUAAAAAAGAAGUUGGGAGAAAAUGCUGAAGCUCCUCAAUCAUCUUGGGAAGCAGGAGAGCACAAUGCCUCGUAUAGAUGCCAUCCUGCUGCACAUUCUGAGCCGUUUCUCGAGCCUCUAGAAUGCAAUAACACACCGCAAGUAGGUUUCAAUUUCACGGCACAACAUCAACUGAAUGUUGGAAGCUCGACACAAGCUGCUGAUAGAAUUUUCCCGGGGUGGAUGCUUUGAUUGUUGAAGUUAUGAAGUCACAGGUGAUCAAUUGACAAGGUAAACCUUUCAUGUCACUUGUCAUAAGCUAUUUGAUGCAAAAUUUGUAGCUGUGGUCUAAAGCAUAAGAAUAAUUCUGGGGAUGCUUAUAUAUCUAUAUAUAUAUAUAUGUUGGACUGAUUGAAAAAGAAACCAUUGCUUGUAAGUUUUUAGUAUACUUAAUAAC